AUGCGGCUUCUCCAACUCUCUGUCGUCGGGGCGAGACAGACGAGUUCCGAGUGCGCGUCCACUUCUUUUGUUUCUUCUUGGAAUUUUAAGAACAGAGGACGGAAUGGAAAAGGAACUGGCGUUUUUGGGGGGUUUGAAGCGUUCCAGAAGAAGAAAUUAACGCGCGGAUUUUUGGGCGGGAAAAAAAGAUACGAUGAUGACGAUGGGAUUAACGGUGUCGAUGUCGCGAGAAUGAUGGGAAGAGGAAGAGGACAUGUACACGUCGUUCGAGCGAAACAGACGACGGAAUUGGAACGAGAUCGCUUGGAUAUUGAAAUAUCGAGCACGUGGGACGAAUCCAUGGAGGACGAUUUCGAGUUCGACGAAGACGGGCAGUUAUUGGACGCGUUCGGGGAGGAAAUCGAUACGACGGAAGUGAAGAAGGCGAUUCCUGGCGAUUUUUAUUCCUUGAUUCAAGUGCCGAAAGACGCCUCCUCGGCGGAGAUUAAAAAGGCGUACAGGAGGUUGCAGAAAGCGUGUCACCCGGACAUCGCGGGAGAAGCUGGAUCGGACGUGUGCAUUAUUUUGAACGAAGCGUACGAUAUUUUAAUGGACGAUACCGCGAGAGCGGCGUACGACGCGGAGAUGAAAGAGCUGGAACGCAUGACGCAAGAGUUUAUGAAACGAGGCGCCGCGGACGAAGAAGACGAUGAAGGAGGCGGGUAUACGGGCGAACCUCUCUCGGAAUUCAAAGGCAAAGAUCCCGCGAUCGGGUACCCGCGCGCGGUAUUCGUAAACGAGUGUCAAUGCAUCGGAUGCAAACAGUGCUGCCACUCGGCGCCGAAAACGUUCGCCAUGGAUGAUCAAUUCGGCCGCGCUCGCGUUUUCGCCCAAUGGGACGACGAAGAAGAAGACAUAAACAUCGCCAUCGAAUCCUGCCCAGUCGAUUGCAUUCACUUUGUCAAAGAAAACAACCUCCCAAUUUUAGAAUACGCGAUGUCGAAAUGCGAACGCACUUCCGUCGCCUCCAUGAUGUCCGGCUCCGCGCGAGUCGAUGACCCUUUCGACGUCGCCAACCAAAUGAUCCGCCGAGGCGAGGAACGCUACGGCCGAUUAGGCCUCGACCCGAACGAAGCGUUAAAAGGUAAAUCAUUAGUCGGCAGAAUGAAAAAACGAAUCCGAGACGCGUGGUUACAACUCGGCGAGAAACCUCGAUUGGCGUGGACUUCGUAUAAAAUAUUCAGAGGAUUCGGAAGCGAAGACGAGGAGUACGACGUCAGCGUCGACGAUUUCGGCGAAGUGAGAAGGAAAAAAACAGACGAGGAGGAGAAGAAGACAAAGAAGAGCCGGUGGUUUAACUUUAAUUAG